CGGAGAGGGCAGAGGAGAGGGGAGCGCUUUCAUUUAUCCGACCGGCCGCGCCGCACGCGUUUUCCUCAAAGCGUCGCCGCCGCUCGGAACAAGACGUCAAACUGAGACGCCGCGCAAUAACGGCUCCCCCGAAUAACGGGUCUCGCGCGCGUGUGGGUGGCCGCGGUGUGCUCGGCCGCGGCGCUCGGUGGAGUUUGGCAAUGGAGAUCGCGGCCUGUCGCACGACGCUUUGCUCGUGCGUUCUUGCCUGGGUGGACGGGCGCCCCCCGCGGUGGUGGUCGUCCGUAGCCGGGAGCUGCCAGGCGUAGCCGCGGGCGCACCGCCUCGGGCGUCGCGGAGCGCAGAGGGCGCUGCGAACGCCAAGGACGCGGACCCCGAACGACGGCGGCUGGUGGUGGUGCAGCGACAGCGGGAGCAGCGGUGGGCGGCCGUCAUGUUCGGCGUCGGCGAGCCCCCGCUCGUCUGUCAGGAGGCCGUGUUCACUCGGGACCGUGGUCCGCGGGCAUUCCUGCACCCGUUCAGCCCGUACGGCCGCGCCGUGCUGCGCGUCACCCAGCACAGCCAGCCGCCUGAGCUGCGGCCAGGUCCUCCCCAGAAGCAGGCUCGGCCUGAGGAUGGGGUCGAUGGGGCUGACCAGGGGGGCCUCCCCAACCGUGGCAGCACACCGCCCCGCAAAGCACCCCCACUGCGGCGCCUCGACGAUGAGGCUCUCAAGCGGUCACGACUGCACUCCAACCAGUAUGAGUUGUCGCAGGACCUUUUGGACAAGCAGGUGGAGAUGUUGGAGCGCAAAUAUGGGGGCGUGCGGGCGCGCACGGCGGCACUGACCAUCCAGCGGGCCUUCCGCAGCCACUGCAUGCAGAAGCGCUUCCUGGACUUGGCCAGUGCGUCCAAGGGUGAACGUCGACUCUCGCGGCGCAUCCAUGCACUGGACCUGCUCGCUCCCUCCGGUGCCAGUCCGCCCUCAUCCGAGGGUGCCCUGCCGUGGUCUGCUCACCAUCGCACACCCACUAAAGGGGCCUUGGCGGAAGCGGCGGCAGCGGCUGCAGCCGCCAGCAGGCGGGUGCCCCCACAGGUGCCCCGACGGUCAUCAUCCAUUCCUGGCACCACCACCACAACUGCUGCUAGCUCAAAGGAAAACUCUGGAAGCUGGAAGCAUAGCACGGCUUCGGCAACCCAAGCAGCAGCGGCUACAGCCCCGGCCAAUGGUAGUGGCCAGCCUACGCUGCCCUCAGCUAGGCCGGAGGACAAGCGGCUCAGCAACAUUUCAGAAAACAGUGAGGACAGUGUGGACUGCCCGGCCUACUCGUGUUCACCACCCGCCUCCGACGUGCUUCUGCUCUACCCACAUCAGGGUCCGGGUAGUCCCAAGGACUCCUUGGGCUCUAAGGGGAGCGAGGCGCAGCGCAAGCGCCAGUACCGGGUGGGGCUGAACCUGUUCAAUAAGCGGCCUGAAAAGGGCAUCCGUUAUCUGGUGGAGCGCGGCUUCCUGGACCCCUGCCCUCGAGCCGUAGCCAGAUUCCUCAUCUCGCGCAAGGGCCUGAGCAAGAUGCGCAUUGGCGAGUACCUGGGUGACCUGCAGGGUCCGUUCAAUGCCCGUGUGCUUGAGUGCUUUGUCGAAGAGCUGGACUUCGCCGGAAUGCAGGUGGACCUGGCCCUCCGGCGUUUCCAGAGCCACUUCUUGUUACCAGGGGAGGCCCAGAAGAUUGAGCGGCUAGUCGAGGUGUUCAGCCAGCGGUACGCACGCUGCAACCCGGAUGUUGUGGCCAAGCUGGCCAGUCCCGAUACUCUCUUUGUCCUGGCCUUCUCAGUGGUGCUACUGAACACUGACUUACACACGCCCUCGGUGAAAGCCGACAAGCGCAUGAAGCUGGAAGACUACGUCCGUAACCUGCGAGGGGUGGACGAAGGCCGGGACCUGGACCGGGACAUGCUGGCAGGCAUCUAUGAGCGCAUCAAGGUGCACCCAUUCCGGCCUGGUUCCGAUCAUGUCAGCCAGGUGCUCAAGGUGCAGCAGUCCAUUGUUGGAAAGCGACCGAACUUGGCUCUUGCCCAUCGUCGUCUGGUGUGCUACUGUCGUCUCUACGAGGUCUAUGAUGUUCAUAAGAAAGAGCGCCCCGGUGUUCAUCAGCGCGAAGUGUUUCUCUUCAAUGACCUUUUGCUGGUGACUAAAAUAUUCAGCAAGAAGAAAAACAGUGUCCAGUAUGCCUUCCGACAGUCACUGCCCCUGUGCGGCAUGAACGUGGCCCUUUUCGAGGCACCCUAUUACCCGCAUGGGAUCAGCCUGACCCAGCGAGUGGACGACAGGGCAUUGAUGACCCUGAAUGCUCGGAAUGAGCACGACCGGUGCAAGUUUGUUGACGACCUGAGGGAGUCCAUUCUUGAGGCAAGCAGGCUUCAUUCAGUUUGCAACGAUUUCGCAAACGUGGCUGUAGGGCUCUGCAUGCCUCCUGAUCUCAGGUUUGAGUGUAGGCCUAGUUAUCAGUUUCACGUGUGUGUGUUGCUUGUUGAACGUCAGCUCUGCAUACAUGCUCUCUUUGAGUGCCAAGUGUCCACUCCACAGAUAUCCAGUUUGCAGAGAACAUAAUUGCGAUAGACAUGG